UGACGCGAGCAAUAUGGCUGCUGAUUGUUCUUGACCCCGUGUCCUGUAAGCCCGCGUCCAGAAUGGAAAAAAAAAAAAACGAUACCCCAGUCUGGUCCGGUGCUGGUGUCGUUUUAAACGAAAUGGAAGUAGACAGGAAAGGGGAAAAUAAAAACCACGGUUUCAUCUCUCUCUCUCUCUCUUGGUGUGUGUGUGUAUGUGUAGGUGCCCCCCGAGAUGAUGAUAGUAUGGACUCGUCUACCCCCUUCCUAUGUAUUAUCCCUCGACUCUCAGGGCUCGACUCAAUAUCUUCUCCCACUUUGCUCAUUCUCCCCUUCCCAGGCGCCGGAGUCUAUAGUGGUAUAGGUACGUGGGUAAGAUAUCUACGCCAUUCGCCUACCUGGAGUAUGGGCUGGCCUUCUGUGCCGUGCCUACCUAUAGAAGUACAUUUAAGCGAGAUUGCUAGCCAGCUACCAGGUUUUACGAUAGUAGCUGCUUAAGCCCCUACACAGCCAACCUUCGUUCGAGAAGAGAGCUGAAUUAGGCUCCCCAGUGAUCCGCAGGGUUCGAGCGGGCCGAGGAGGUACAGACAGGCCGGUGCCCAAGGCCCGGAUCCCUCAGGGUCGAUUGCGUGCUCCCCCCUUCUAGACUCGAGCGAACCUCUGUUAGAGCGGCCUCUUAAGUCUACCUGCUCUCUAUCUAGACCUGCGCAUGGAGGCCAGCCAGCCUGCCUCACAAUUACCUAACCUCCCCCCCUCAACUGCUUACGUAGUUAGAUCGGACCCGCCUUUCCGGUUAAAGUUUUUUGGGCUCGGGAUGGCUGGGGGGAGGCCCGGGAGGAGGCCCCGGAGAGAGUCUAGAUCGGAUCAGGUAACCGACAUAGCUCCUCUUUCUCGGACAUGG